GAAAGGUCGUGUGCCAAGAUCUGCGUCAAAAAAUUUAUCCCCUGCUUCAUGACUUUGUUUUAUAGCGUUAUUGUUGUCAAGAUAAGGUGGUGAUACAUACGAAACUGCCGCGGGAAGUCGCAUCAAGCUUCGUACAGAUAAAAUUUACGAGGAUCUGUGCCCUCUUACAAUGGACGACUUCGUAGAAAUAAGCCACAAAGGAUUUAGGUUCAUAAUAUCCAAAAACCCAGUAAACAAAUCCGUCAAUUCCUACAUAAAAGAAUUGAAAAAACGCAACGUCGGUGUAGUCAUAAGGGCGUGCAAACCUUCUUACGACACAAAACCUCUAUUCAAAGCCGGGAUUCAAGUGUACGAUCUGACCAUUGAGGACGGAGCUUCUCCUAGUGAAGAGAUGUUGAGCAUUUUCUUCAACAUCAUCAAGAAACAGUUUUGUGACAGUCCUGAUGAUGGCAUAGCGAUACACUGCGUUGCAGGAUUAGGAAGGGCCCCGGUUUUGGUGGCUGUAGCGCUUAUAGAGCUGGGUUAUACGUAUGAAGACGCAGUCGACUUGAUCAGGAGGAAAAGGAGGGGCGCCAUCAACGCAAAACAGCUGAAUUUCCUUGCCAACUAUAAACCCAAAUCCCGUCUUAAGGAUGGAAAAAAGAGGUCGUGCGUCAUACAAUAGAAUGUGUUAGUAGAAUUGAACUAGAGCCUAAGGACUUUUUUUUAUAUAUUUAAUUAUCUAAUAAAUAU